GGAGCCAGGUGGGAUGCCUCCUGGCCCUGUUGCUGCUGCUGCUCCUUGGACCUCUGGCCCUGGGGUUCCUGCUGCUACCUGGUGGGUCCCUGGCUCCUCUGCUGGGCCUGGGCUGUGUCCCACUACUCCGGCUAAUCCCAGCAGUUCUUCCCAUGGGCUGGUGACCUUCGAGGAGGUGGCUGUGUAUUUCACCAAGGGGGAAUGGGCUCUGCUGGAUCCCGCUCAGAGAGUCCUCUACAGAGAUGUCAUGCAGGAGAACUAUGAGAAUGUGACCUCGCUGGGGUUUCCAGUUUCCAAAUCCUAUGUGAUCUCCCAGCUGGAAGGAGGGGAAGAGCCGUGGAUCCUGGAUCUCCAGGGUUCAGAGGAAAACGAGAUCUUGAGAAGUCCCUGCACAGCAGGUGAUGGGGUGGUGAGGGAGAACGAGGAGCAGAAUCCUCACCAGGAAGCUGCGGAGCUAGUAGAACCUCAUGGGGCAUUACUGUGAAGAUCCAAAGGGAAUGUGUCCAGGCACCAUGAGCUGGGAAAAGCUGGUG